AUUAUGGACGUAAAUAUCAUAAUUCAACUUUUCGUUGAAGCGUGUUCCUUUUUGUAUGUAUGUACAUACAUAAUUUUUGAUUUUGUAUUAUAAAUAUUCGUGUUCAAAGAGAAAAUAAAAAUCUAUGAAUGAUUUUACCGACUGAGAACUCGUCUAGCGAUGUUUGCGGUGCGACGUUGGCGCCACUGCUAUUCAAAAUAUUUUGUAUGCGUCUUCUUGCAAUAGUCGUUAUGAGAUGAGUGGACGGCAGUGGACGGUGGAGUAAUCGUACAAGCACGUUUUGCGUUGAUUCGCGUACUAAAAUCAAUCGAUUUGUUAUUUAUUCAAUAGAUCGCGAAUACGAUGGAUAUCGAGGAACUCGAGUGCAAUGUACUCGACGUUUUCCAGAAAGACGACUUUAGCAUUCUUGAUAAGUGGAUAUCGUCGUAUCGAGAGUUUCGAUUGCGCAUUGACACAAAGGUUGAACAGGACUUUCUUUACGAAAAAGACUGCUGUAAAAAGAAAUCUGACACUACUGAGAAAAUAUCGGAGCUGCAACAAGAAAUUGGCAAGACAAAGUCUGACGUAGACGCUGUCAUAUUGCAGCAAAAAAUAAUUGGUAGGAAAAUAUCAAAUACAGUAAAGUUGCAAGAGGAUGUGAAGAGUGAACUGGAAAAGGCACGAGAGCAAAGAGAAGUCUUGUCAUUGGAAAUAGUGGACCUACAGCUCCAAUUAGAAGAAAGGAAGAGAAAGAAAAUCUUACAAUGGGAUGCCAUUAAGCGUGCGUGCAACAUUUAUAAAGUAAAUUUGGAUAUACAUUUAAGUCUUCAAGAAGAGAAUGAUUGUGAAUAUGUAAAAAUCUCCUUUUUUACACAUAACAAAGCGAUAAAGGAUGAAUACUUUGUUCAACUGUCAUGCAGUAAUAAUUACUGGAAAGUCGAACAAAUUAAACCAAAACUGAAGAAAGAGCACCUCAAAGAGAUAAGUUCUAUAAAGGAUUUUCUCGAAUAUUCCGAAGUAUCUAACAUCACCCUGUUUCUAUGUCAGGUACGAAGUAUAUUUUUAAAUCAUUACAUGUGAAUGAAAAAAAAAGAUUAAUUGUGCAUUGUUAAUUAUAAAAGUAGAACAGAGAUAUAUUUUAUAAGAAAUGAGAUAUAUAUUCUAUUCACUCAAUGCAAGAGUGAUCUUUAUUAAUAAAAGUUAAGAUACCUAAAAUAAAUUUGCUAUAUGUAUAA